CCCACCGGGCCCGGGCCAAGGGCGGCUGGUGGGCCGGCGGGCCGGGCACCCGGUGAGCUGCAAAGACCAGAUUAAAGGAUUUACCUGAAGACAAAGCAUUCUAUUCAUCAGAGACUGGACAAGAGUUACUCUUGCUUUUGGCAAUUAAAGAUGAUGUUGUCAUGGAAACAGUUGAUCCUGCUUUCAUUCAUUGGCUGCCUAGGAGGUGAGCUUCUCUUACAAGGCCCUGUGUUUAUCAGAGAGCCCAGCAACAGCAUUUUUCCUGUUGGCUCAGAGGAUAAAAAAGUAACUUUAAAUUGUGAAGCAAGAGGCAACCCUUCACCUCAUUACAGAUGGCAACUGAAUGGAAGUGACAUUAAUCUGAGUAUGGAAUAUCGUUAUAAAUUGAAUGGAGGAAAUCUCGUGGUACUUAACCCCAACAGAAAUUGGGACACAGGAAGUUACCAAUGUUUUGCAACAAAUUCGCUUGGAACAAUUGUCAGCAGAGAAGCCAAACUCCAGUUUGCCUAUCUUGAAAAUUUUAAAACCAAAAUGAGAAGUACAGUGUCAGUGCGUGAAGGCCAGGGAGUUGUCCUGCUCUGCGGCCCCCCGCCACACUCUGGAGAACUGUCAUAUGCUUGGAUCUUCAAUGAAUAUCCAUCGUUUGUUGAAGAAGAUAGUCGGAGAUUUGUCUCUCAAGAGACAGGCCACCUCUACAUAGCCAAGGUGGAGCCAUCCGAUGUGGGAAAUUACACAUGUGUGGUGACAAGUACGGUGACGAAUGCCAGAGUGCUGGGAUCUCCAACUCCUUUGGUGCUACGUUCUGAUGGUGUGAUGGGUGAAUAUGAACCGAAAAUAGAAGUUCAGUUUCCAGAAACUCUUCCAGCAGCUAAAGGUUCAACUGUGAAACUGGAAUGUUUUGCCCUUGGAAAUCCCAUACCUCAGAUUAAUUGGAGAAGAAGUGACGGACUGCCUUUUUCCAGUAAAAUUAAGUCGAGGAAAUUCAAUGGUGUGCUUGAAAUCCCCAACUUCCAGCAGGAAGAUGCAGGUUCCUAUGAAUGCCUUGCUGAGAAUUCACGAGGAAAAAAUGUCGCCAGAGGGCGUCUCACUUACUAUGCGAAGCCUCAUUGGGUUCAGCUCAUAAAAGAUGUGGAAAUCGCUGUGGAGGAUAAUCUUUAUUGGGAAUGCCGGGCGAGUGGUAAGCCCAAACCCUCCUACCGAUGGUUGAAAAAUGGAGAAGCCCUUGUGCUCGAGGAGAGAAUACAGAUAGAAAACGGUGCCCUUACAAUAUCAAACCUAAAUGUGACUGAUUCUGGCAUGUUCCAGUGCAUAGCAGAAAACAAACAUGGUCUCGUCUAUUCCAGUGCUGAACUCAAGGUUGUUGCUGCUGCUCCAGAUUUUUCAAAGACUCCAAUGAAAAAGUUGAUUCAGGUGCAGGUGGGCAGCAUGGUCAGCUUGGACUGUAAACCCAGAGCCUCCCCCAGGGCACUCUCCUCCUGGAAGAAAGGAGAUGCCAUCGUACAGGAGAAUGAAAGAAUCUCUUUUUUAAAAGGUGGAGGACUCAAAAUAGCCAAUGUAACAAAAGCUGAUGUUGGAACUUACACCUGCAUAGCAGAAAACCAGUUUGGGAAAGCAAAUGGCACAACAUACUUGGUUGUUACAGAACCAACGAGAAUCACUUUGGCACCUUCCAACAUGGAUGUCUCGGUUGGAGAAAGUGUCAUUUUGCCCUGCCAGGUGCAACAUGACCCCCUGUUAGACAUCAUGUUUACGUGGUAUUUCAAUGGGACCCUCACAGAUUUUAAGAAAGAUGGAUCUCACUUUGAGAAAGUCGGUGGGAGUUCAUCUGGUGAUUUAAUGAUCAGAAACAUUCAGUUAAAACACAGUGGAAAAUAUGUGUGCAUGGUACAAACAGGAGUGGAUAGUGUUUCAUCUGCUGCUGACCUCAUAGUAAGAGGUUCACCUGGACCACCAGAAAAUGUGAAGGUAGAUGAAAUUACAGAUACGACAGCCCAACUCUCUUGGAAAGAAGGUACAGACAACCAUAGCCCAGUUAUAUCCUAUUCUGUCCAGGCGAGGACACCUUUCUCCGUGGGUUGGCAAACUGCCACAACAGUGCCUGAGGUCAUUGAUGGGAAAACACACACAGCUACUGUAGUCGAGUUAAAUCCGUGGGUGGAAUAUGAAUUUCGGGUUGUAGCCAGUAACAAAAUCGGAGGUGGAGAACCCAGUUUACCCUCAGAAAAAGUAAGAACUGAAGAGGCAGUUCCAGAAGUGCCUCCUUCAGAAGUCAGUGGAGGAGGUGGAAGCCGGUCUGAACUGGUGAUAACCUGGGAUCCAGUCCCUGAAGAACUGCAGAAUGGUGAAGGUUUUGGGUAUGUUGUCGCUUUCCGCCCUCUUGGAGUUACCAACUGGAUCCAGACAGUGGUCACAUCUCCUGAUACCCCAAGAUAUGUCUUUAGAAAUGAAAGCAUCAUGCCAUUUUCACUGUAUGAAGUUAAAGUUGGUGUUUAUAAUAACAAAGGUGAAGGACCAUUUAGCCCAGUGACAACAGUGUUCUCUGCAGAAGAAGAGCCUACAGUAGCUCCAUCUCAGGUUUCUGCAAAUAGCCUGUCUUCCUCAGAAAUUGAAGUGUCGUGGAACGCCGUUCCUUGGAAAUUGAGCAAUGGACAUUUACUCGGCUAUGAGGUGCGGUAUUGGAAUAAUGGAGGAGAAGAGGAAUUGUCAAGCAAAGUGAAAGUGGCAGGAAAUGAGACAUCAGCCAGACUUCGUGGUUUGAAAAGCAACCUGGCAUAUUACACUGCAGUCCGGGCUUAUAACAGUGCUGGUACAGGCCCUUUUAGCGACACAGUUAAUGCAACCACAAAGAAAACUCCUCCCAGUCAGCCGCCAGGAAAUGUUGUUUGGAAUGCUACAGACACGAAAGUGUUACUUAAUUGGGAACAAGUUAAAGCAAUGGAGAAUGAAUCAGAAGUAACAGGAUAUAAAGUUUUCUAUAGGACUAGCAGUCAAAGUAAUGUACAAGUGCUGAACACAAAUAAAACUUCCGCUGAACUUUUGCUGCCCAUUAAAGAGGACUACAUUAUUGAAGUUAAGGCCACAACAGAUGGAGGGGAUGGCACCAGUAGUGAACAGAUCAGGAUUCCAAGAAUAACCAAUAUGGAUGCAAGAGGUUCCACUUCAGCCAUCUCGAACGUCCACUCUAUGUCAAGUUAUAUACCUAUAGUACUGUUCUUUAUUGUAAAUGCCCUGUGGUGAUAUUAACUCUUUUUUAUUAUUUACUGGAAAGUUAAUUGGUUACAAAAAAAGUGCUUUCAUGAAAUGCGGUGGUUAUGCAUGUUUUUUUUCAACUCUGUAUUUUUAACUUUCUACAUAGGUAAAGUAUGAGUUAAUAAAGAAAAACAGUAAGUCCUUCUAGAGGAAUCUGAAAUGCCUUAAUAUUUACUUGAUAAACCAAAGGAAUUUACAUAUUACAUACUUCAGACUUUGAUAUAGAUGUUCUUAAGCUAUGAUUUUAAGCACUGCCUAUGGAUAAAGACUCACUGCUCCCUCUUGUACACACACACACACACACCCCUUUGUUUUUUUUAAUGUAGAAAAACUCAUUGAAUCCAAAUGCUGUUUUCCCAUCAUAACAGAAUUGUUUGGAAGACUGAAUCAGUAUUAUUUUGAAGUGUUUAUUUGAGAUGCUCAAGGGUGAAAGACACAUUUUAAAAAUUACCUUGUUUGAAAGAGGGUGCAUGUGAUUCAAAAAACAUGUUGUUGGAAAAUGCUGCACUAGAGGUUGGCAGAGUGCUGUUUGGUUCAGGUAUACUACAAACGGUUGUGAGAUUCUUUACAAAUCACUUUGCUCUCUCUACUUCUCAAUUACUCACCUAUAAAAUGUGGAGAUAAUAAUACCCAUCUUAUCUGCCUCUGCCCCAUGAAGUACUUCUUAAAAGAUAAAGAAGGAAAUGUGAAUGUGCUUUGUUAUCCCUAACGCGCUGGACCGGUGCGAAAUGUUCAUGUGAAUUUAUUUAACCAUAUCAAAGUCAUGAGGCCAGCCAGAUUUUUAAAGCUUGCAUUCCAUUCUAGGUAAUGCUUUCUUUUUCAUUCACUUAUAUUAUGAAAUUGAAAUGACCCCAUCUUAUCCGUUCUCAAACAUUAAAAAGAAAAAAUUAAAAAGCAAUUGUAUCCUUCACACAUAUGAACAAGCUUUUAGGUUUUAUUAAAACAUGGUGGAGGAUAUAAGGAAUGACCUGAAUCUCAACCCAAAUGUUAAACAAAAUUCACAUGAUCCUACAUUUCCAAUUUCUGAGUCCAUUAAGGGACUCUCUCUUUUUUGGAAGCGGGAGCUGGUUUCUUGAUGAAAUUCGACUGUCUGAGUAAGUCUGGCAGGCUUUUUACUUCCUCAGAUAAAUUUGUAAUAGAACCAUGGCAGUGCUGCUGACUUUGAUAUGUAUGACUCAGUCUUUCAAUACGUGGUUUUCAAAGGGUUGUUGAAGACUCGACUUCUUAGCAAUAUGUAAAGAAUAUAUGAAAAUCAGCAGAUUGAGUGUUAGACAUUGCAAAAUCAAUUUUUUACCUCUUUCCUACCAAUUUCACAUUUUUCAGGAACUUUUUUUCUUUGCAAAGAUAUCAGAAUUUGAGACCAACAGUUCAGAUAAUCAAAAAAAGAAUAAAAAUUAGCAAAAUUCUUCUGUCACCAUAAAUUACUUUACACUUAGAGAUACAUUUAAGAUAAAGUCAUUAUAAACAAAGGAGAAAAUUAUUUGUAACUUUCUCUGCAACGUCUGUAUAUACUGUAUAUAUCUAGAAGAAAACUGCAUAAUGAGUAGAUUUCAUAUGAACAUUGUUAUUUCCACUCAAAAAGUGGGGAAACACUUUCUCCAAUACCUGUAUUUUAUGCUACAUGUAAUGGAGUUGUACAUUUUUAUUAUUUAGUAAUUCCUAUAAUAUGUUCCUAUACUUAUCAUUUUCAAGAUGAUUAUUGUUUCAUGGCAUUUCUAGCAAUAUAUCUCCAUGAGAUGUAUACUUUGUUUCAUAUUGAAAAGUAUAAGAUUUAUCUUUAAAUUCCUGUGUGUGUAUCCUAUGGUUAUCUGUAUGUAUUA